CUAAUGAUGGUAUGGUUACUUUCUUAGUCACAAGUUCUGAACACAGUUCUGAGUACAGAUGCUUGGUGCACGUAGUGGAAGCCACUUUUGUGUUCAGCAGGUCACUCCAGCCUAAACAUAUGUACAAUGGAGAAAGUUGAUGUCUUAACUCACAGCCCCUUGUUGGGGAAGGAGGGGCUCAAGAAAACAAUUUAAGGGAUUUGAAAGGUCUUAUCUAUUAUUUCUAAAAUAGAUCCCUCCCCCAUUUUUGUUGUCUUUCCCAAGAACCAAAAGCAGUAGGUUAGAAGAGAGCAUAUAUCUUUUUCUCUUUUUUUGGCGAAUCUACUGCGAAAAGAAGACAUUGACAGGUUGUUUCCUUCAAAUGGACACACAUUAUUCCAAUAAUUCCGGCUAUAUUAUGACCAAGGUAUCCCAACACGUUGAAUGAUUAGGACAUAAUGACAGCUGAAGAUUCUGCUGCUAGGAUGAGUAACGAUUCUUCCACUCUGCAGACAAAUAAAGUCCCUGAAGGUGUAGCUGGUGCACCCAAUGAGGCUGCACUGUUGCAACUAAUCGAGCGCACCGGAUAUACUAUGGUUCAAGAGAAUGGGCAGCGCAAGUACGGUGGACCACCACCAGGCUGGGAAGGAAUGCAUCCUCCUCGUGGAUGUGAAGUUUUUGUGGGUAAAAUUCCACGUGAUGUCUAUGAAGAUGAGCUGGUCCCUGUGUUUGAAUCUGCAGGGCGGAUCUAUGAAAUGCGCCUGAUGAUGGACUUUGAUGGAAAAAACCGUGGUUACGCCUUUGUAAUGUAUACUCAAAAAUAUGAAGCCAAACGUGCCGUCAAAGAACUGAAUAACUAUGAAAUCCGUCCUGGUCGGCUGUUAGGGGUGUGCUGCAGUGUGGAUAACUGUAGAUUAUUCAUUGGAGGAAUCCCUAAGAUGAAAAAGAGAGAAGAAAUUUUAGAAGAGAUCUCCAAAGUGACCGAAGGUGUGUUAGAUGUCAUUGUGUAUGCCAGUGCAGCAGAUAAGAUGAAAAACAGAGGAUUUGCCUUCGUGGAGUAUGAAAGUCACAGAGCAGCUGCUAUGGCAAGGAGGAAAUUGAUGCCUGGGAGAAUCCAACUUUGGGGGCACCAGAUUGCUGUUGACUGGGCAGAGCCAGAAAUAGAUGUUGAUGAAGAUGUCAUGGAGACCGUAAAGAUCCUGUAUGUACGGAAUUUAAUGAUUGAAACCACAGAGGAUACAAUUAAAAAAGUGUUUGGCCAGUUUAACCCCGGCUGUGUGGAACGUGUGAAAAAAAUACGAGAUUAUGCUUUUGUGCACUUCACAAGCCGGGAGGAUGCCGUUCAUGCCAUGAAUAACCUCAACGGCACUGAACUGGAAGGGUCCUGCUUGGAAGUUACCUUAGCCAAACCAGUAGACAAAGAGCAGUACACCCGUUACCAGAAAGCAGCAAAAGGAGGGGGAGCAGCAACAGAGGUUACUCAGCAACCCAACUAUGUUUACUCUUGCGAUCCGUACACUCUGACCUACUACGGAUAUCCCUACAAUGCUCUGAUUGGUCCAAAUCGAGAAUAUUUUGUGAAAGCAGGCAGUGUUAGAGGCAGAGGACGAGGUGCAGCAGGCAACAGAGCCCCUGGCCCAAGAGGUUCAUACCUGGGGGGAUAUUCUGCAGGUCGUGGCAUUUAUAGCAGAUAUCAUGAAGGGAAAGGAAAGCAACAAGAAAAAGGAUAUGAGCUUGUACCCAAUUUGGAAUUGUCUACUGUCAAUCCAGUUGCCAUUAAACCAGGCACAGUGGCUAUCCCAACUAUUGGUACGCAGUAUUCCAUGUUUCAAGCAGCACCGGCCGCAAAGAUGAUUGAAGAUGGAAAAAUCCAUGCAGUUGAGCAUAUCAUCAGCCCCAUUACUGUCCAGCAGGAUCCAGCUAGUGCAGCAGCAGUGGCAGCGGCAGCAGCAGGUGUAAUACCUGCAGUUUCCACCCCUCCUCCUUUCCAGGGACGCCCAAUAACUCCUGUGUACACCAUGGCUCCGAAUGUGCAGAGAAUUCCAGCUGCAGGAAUUUAUGGUGCAAGUUACAUUCCAUUUGCUGCCCCGGCUGCAGCCACAGCAACAAUAGCCACACUACAGAAAAAUGCUGCUGCUGCAGCUUAUGGAGGGUAUGCCGGCUAUAUUCCUCAAGCAUUUCCAACAGCAGCUAUUCAACUUCCGAUCCAUGACGUCUACCAAACCUAUUGAGACU